CUCACAGGAGUGAGACAGUGUGUGACUGAGAAAUUUCCCGCAAUCUCCUCUCGCGAGUUGGACAUUAACCCUGCGAUUUGAAACGGAGGACGCACGAGCCGAACAGCCAAAAUGGGCAAAGUGCAAGGAGGCACGAAAUGCGUGAAAUACCUGCUUUUCAUCUUCAACUUCAUAUUCUGGCUCUCUGGUUCUUUGGUGUUAGCAGUGGGACUUUGGCUAAGGUUUGAUCCUCAUAUAGCCUCAUUACUGAAAGAAGAUGGAGCUCCUGAAACCUUCUUUUUGGCUGUGUAUAUUUUGAUCGGAGCAGGAGGAAUCAUGAUGCUCGUGGGUUUCUUUGGGUGCUGUGGAGCUGUGAGGGAGUCACAGUGUCUUCUUGGAUUGUUCUUUUCCUGUCUGCUGAUCAUUUUUGGUGCAGAGGUGGCUGCAGGAGUUUUUGGCUUCCUGAACAAAGAUCAGAUUAUUAAGGAUGUUCAAAACUUCUACACUGCCUCCCUCACUGGAACUGGCAACAGUACAAUCACCUCCAUAUACCAUGAAAUUCUUGCGUGCUGUGGAAGCUCAGAGAGAAAAUCUGAUGUCUUAUCAUGCCCUGACAAUAGCAAGGACUGUGUCAAAGCCAUAGAGGAUUUUUUCAAUGAGAAACUCUUCAUCAUUGGAUAUGUGGGUAUUGGCGUUGCAGGAAUCAUGAUAAUUGGUAUGAUCUUCAGUAUGGUUCUAUGUUGUGGUAUUCGGAGCAACAGGGAAGUCAUAUAGAUGCUCACAGGUCUCCUACUUCAUGUAGAUCUGUCCUGACCUCACUGAGCCAACUCAUUUGAAAGGCUCAGCAUAGAGUUGUGUAAGAUAUUGUUGCAGAUUUCUAAUUCUUCUUUCCAUUCUUUGUUUAAUUGUUUGUGUUUGUAUUGAUUCACCACUAUAUGGAUUGAAAGUGUAACUGAAUUAACAUGCAUCUAUAUUAUUUUGUUUAUUAAUGAGACCAUUUAUGAUUACAACCUGAUUUGUACGAUCAGUUUAGACAUACCCAAGCAGAGAAGAUUGGGUAAUUUUGUUUUGUUUUUUUCAGCUUCUUGUUACUAUGCAUUACACAUAAAGACUGGUAAUGUAAAUAUCGUGUGUAAAGAAUAGCUACUGCUUGCUUUCUGUUGAUGCCUUGGAAUGGUAUUUGACGUGCAAAUGUAUUCCAUGUUUGCUGUAGUAAUGUGUGUUUAGUUCAGGUUCUGAGUAAUGCUCUGUAAACAUUUAGGCAGAUUGUGAUUGAUGUUGAUCCUAUCUAAAGUUCAUGCUGCCGUAUUGCAAAAUCAAGAUUUAAAGAUGACUGCAACAGUCCAGUAUUGAGUGGUGUGGCAUGAAUGUAAACCACACAAAACUGCCAUGUUGCUUGUAUAGUGCAGUGUGAAAACCCUUGCCCUGGUAAACACUCAGUCCUUUAUAAUAACACAGCACUGCCCCUUAUUCAUAGAUCAAGAUCAGUGAAACAUUAAGCACAGCUUUGUGUGAGUAAUCAUCAUACUAUCCAAAGUUCUUUAUCUAAAUGAGCACAAAUUGGGAUAACCGAUACCUCAUUGUGCAUUUAAUCACACGUUCAGUACGCAUGCUGUGAAUGUUAAAUGUAAAAAAUAUGUAGUUGCAUAUAAUUAUAUUUCUCAAAAACCUUGGGUAAUACUUCAAUACAGGGUAGUAGGGAGUUACCAUUGUCUAAAGCACAACACAUGAUCAGAAAUUCCAUUGCAUGUGUUUUGUAUCAAUUUCUAAAUAUGAACUGCUUUGAAAAAAUAAAAAAAAGAUACUCAAAAGCUCA